CUCUCUGUUCUGCAUAAUUCAUAAUGAUAAUUGAGGUUAAUUAUGGUGUUUACAGAUGUUUGUUUCUUAAGCUUUAACAGUAUUUUUUUUUGUAAGCCUUAAAAAUGAGUGUAAUUACUGAAUCUGAAAAGAAACGUUUACAAUCAUUGAAGGAGAAGAAACAGGCAUUUAAAGCAAAAGGCCAACUUAUUCAGCAAGCAUUAAAAAACUUGGAUAAUAAUACCAAAUGUAAGAAAAUUAUAUUUGAUGAUGAUGUUGAUGAACAGCAAAAUCUUAAGUUAAAAAAAAAGAAGAGAGAUUUGUUUGAUAAUAAUAGUGAUAGUGAAGAUUCUCCAUGGAAUGGCGAUGAAUUUAAUAUCAAGGAAAAUAAACAUAAAAAAACUAUUCUUGGUAAUGAUGCACGAUUUACUUUAGAUGAUCGCUUUAUAAAAGAUGAAAAUGAAAAAACUGAACUUGUCAAAAGCAUCAAUGAAUCAUGUAAUUUGCAAAAAGAGAAGAAACAGCAGUUAGAUAUUUUAGAAAAUAUUUUAGGAGCACCUCUUGCAAUAAAAAAUCAGGAAACAAAAACAGCUAAAAAGAAAUUGAUGAUACGAUAUGAUCCAACUGAAAAUGAACAUUGUGAAUAUGAAGUGAAAUCACAGCCAAAAAUUAAAGAGAAAAAUACUAAAAAGAAAAAACAUGAUAAAUCUAUAUCAGAGAUGCAACCUAUACUCCCAGAACCAGAAGUAUCAAAGGAUAUAUAUUAUGCUAUAUCUGAUACUUUAACAGAAAGUUUGAAGCAGAAAGAGGAAUUUAGUUUAUUAAAAACACAUAGGAAAGAAGAAGAUAAUACGGGAAAUACUGAAGAUUAUAGUGGAACUAUUAUAGAAAAUAAUAAAACUAAAGAAUUUAAGCUUAAUUUUGAUGAAAAUAAUGUAUUUAAAUAUGAUUCAUCUGAUUGUGAAGAAGAUAUAAUACAGGAAGCACUAGAUACAGAUAAACAAAUGGCUGACAAGAUUGAUGAAAAUACUUGUACAAAUAGCUUAUUUGAGUAUAAAGAUACUCUAUUUCUUGAUAAUGAAGAUAUUCGAUUUAAUGAGGCUGUAAAAUUUUUCAAUACAGAAGCUACUUCAAAUGAUGAUUUUAAAAAUUUGAGACGUGAGCUGAAAAUGAUUGUACGUACGAAAAUUCGUACAAACGAAAGGAAACAUCAGCCAUGGAAUAAGAAAAAGAAAAUUAAAAGAUUUAAAAAAUAGAUUUUUUUUCAACUUUAUUGAGGUAGAUGUAUGUAAAAGUAUACAGUAAUGAAUAGAUUGAUAAUU